AUAACUCGAAACGUACAGUACAUGUACUUGCAAAUGCAGCGUAACAAUGUGAGAACAAGGUUGAAACAACGACCAGCCGUGAUCGAAAGGGACAUAUCGCCUAUGGCUAUCAAAUCCACAUUACAAGAACUCUGCAGCCUUAGCCACAAACCUGGUUCGGACACGGCCUGUCUUAAAGGUCUGUACACAAUCAUGGCCGCUAGAUUACUCAACAGAGCCUGGCAGCUGUCGCAGAUAGGCAAAUCACCUUGCCUGAAAGACUUUCUGACUUCCAGAUCAACAUGCCAUCAGAUAAGAAGUAUAAACACUCCCCUAGCAAGGACCCGGUCUACAGUGACUGACCCUAACCAACGCCCAGUUCCUGGGGGCAGUCAGGCACGGCGGCUACCUGGAAAUCAACUUUCUGAGGAUGAACUGAUGAUGAAGGAAAUGGUGGCGAAAUUUGCCAAGGAGCAGAUCAGUCCGUUGGUCAGAGAGAUGGACGAAAAAGGAGAGACAGACAUGGGCAUUAUUCAGGCACUGUUUGACAAUGGACUGAUGGGCACUGAAAUUCCCGAGGUGUACGGUGGUCCAGCAGCUUCAUUCUUCCAGUCUAACAUCAUCAUUGAGGAGUUGGCUAAGGUAGACGCGUCCAUUGCCGUCUGCAAUGACGUCCAUAACACCCUUGUUACCACGCUCAUACUCCAGCACGGCACUGAGGAACAGAAAAGGAAAUACUUCCCGAGACUGAUGACCGACACGGUUGGUAGUUUCUGUCUGUCUGAGGCUAAUGCAGGCAGCGAUGCCUUUGCCUUGGAAAGCAAGGCCAUCCAGGAUGGAGAUUUCUAUUUCAUCAGUGGCAGCAAGAUGUGGAUAACCAGUGCAGCUUUUGCUGGCGUCUUCCUCGUCAUGGCUAAUGUGGACUUAAGUGCAGGUUACCGAGGCAUCACAACAUUCAUCGUGGACAGAGACACAGAGGGACUGACAGUAGGCAAGAAGGAGGACAAGCUGGGCCUCAGAGCCUCACCCACCUGUGAAGUCCACUUUGACAAUGUGCGGGUGCACAAGAGUCAGAUAUUGGGGCAAAUUGGACACGGGUACAAGUAUGCCAUCAGUAUGCUGAAUGAAGGCCGGAUUGGAAUCGCUGCCCAAAUGGUUGGGCUAGCACAAGGUGCAUUGGAUAACACCAUUCCUUACCUGAUGGAACGCAAACAGUUUAAACAACCCCUAUGGGACUUCCAGGCAGUACAGCACCAAGUUGCCCACCUCAGCACACAGGUAGAAGUGGCAAGAAUAAUGACCUACAAUGCAGCUCGUAUGAAGGAUGCAGGCCUGCCAAUUGUCAAGGAGGCUGCCAUGGCGAAGUAUUUCUCUUCUGAGGUUGCCACCCUGGUGACCUCACGCUGUGUGGAACUCAUGGGUGGGGUGGGCUUCACCAAGGACUAUCCCAUUGAGAAAUACUACCGGGACUGCAAAGCUGGUUGUAUCUAUGAGGGAGCCAGCAACAUUCAGCUGAACACCAUCGCCAAGUGCCUGCAGGCAGAACUUGCCACAGGGAACUAGUCUAUGAGACUUCAAGCGAGAGGGUGCUUUCCUCACAAUAGUAUUUUACUUCUACCUCUCCCUGCUUCCUACCAUUCAAAAGGAAACUUGCAGUUGAAAAUUAGAUGAGGGAUGGUCACUGCUGAAAUAUUGGAACCUGUAUAUACACCCUUUGCAUGACAGCUGUCUGUGCUGUUCCCAGUGAAAUAACAAGUCACUAAAUUUUAUGUCGAGUUUUGUUGUGCUUUUGAGUCAAAUUGAAGUGAUGCAUGAGAGAAUCGAGUACAAUAGUACUAAGGUAUUUAAACACCAUCCAACAAAUUAAAAUUCGAGUCAGAGACUGGAUUUUGAAUGCAGCAAUUAAUUGUUGGUAUCGUUUAAUUUCCGUCUUGACUUCUACAGUACAUGUAGUCAAACUACUGUACGUGUACUUGUAAACCAGCAGCAUUAUAAUCAAAGUAAUCAAGCAGUGGUGCCAGUUAUGUUUUGGACUUACAUGUAGAUAACUUCUUGAGAACCUACCUUAAUCAUGUCACCAAAAAACUGGGUCUGGCAUUGCACUCGUGUGGAGUCAUCAACUCAUCGUUACAAAGCUGUUUGUGGAGCUGUCUACCUGAUACAAUCAAGACUAGCAAGCUUUUUGUCAUUAGCGACAAAUAGGCUGGGGCAAAAGUUAAAUGCAUUGAUGAUGUGCCUAACGUGGAUGCUGCAAAUUGGCAAACUACAAAAGUAAUUGGUUAGUAUGAGAGGACUCAAAUCAACAGAUUCACAUAUUGAAUAGUCGAUAUCAUGCAAAUCUGUGAUUCAGCAAUUGUGCAGGGCUGUUCAUCAUCAUAUCUUGUCUAGACUUUAUAAACUAAAUCUUGCAACUUUUUGGCACUCCAUUGAUCACAUUAACUGGAUGUCAACCACAUCUCUGCACGGUAUGCAGUUACGCAUCACAUAGUUACCGCAAGCUGAAAAUGAAUGUUUUGUAGUGUACACUAUGGUAAACCUGUGCUCCUGCUUCAUGAUAUCUACAAACAGGUGCACACAUGCGUUAUCAGGUCUGAGCGGGACCAAGAGAUGGCUCACUUUUUUUAUCAACGCUGGCUCCUUUGAUGGGAAUUGCACAAUUCCAGUUCACAAACAAUUAUGAAGUGCAUGCCUUGCACGCCCGUUGCUACCAUCAAGAUGCUGCUUGAUUGAACAUUCACCACCAUGGCUCUCUCCAACCCAUGAGCAGGUUCUUUUGCCCCAGAGGCAAUUGUUGUUACACUCCUUAGAUGGCAUCUGGGUCAUUCUAUACUUCUAAUUUGGGGUUGAAUUUGUUCCCGUCCCUGUUAUUUCCAAGACUGAAUAAGUACUGUAUAUAACCUGCCAAACAAAAAGUUUGAAAUCAAUUUCAGUGAUACAUCCCUUGUCAAACUUGUCAGAUGGUAUACAUGGCAACAGGGACGGAAAAAUGUCACACUUUGGACCCCAAGUUUAUAGAAUGACCUAUCUGAUUGCCAUGCAGUAUAUGGUAUAUGUGGGUA